UAGAGAGAGUAGUAACUGAAUUUGAAUCUAUUCACCCGUGAAAACAACUCAUCACAGGGACUACCGGCGGACACAUGCCAACCAGCUCCAACAACGCGGUUUUGACGCUAUAUAUACCCUUCAUUCCACUUCACAUUUCCAUCAGAAAAAAACCACCUUAAAUAAUUCAAUCCAGCAAUGAUGACACCAAAAAUGGUAGCACAUUUCAGGCGAUCUGUCUCGUUCUCUAACACCCCAUCACCGCCGCCACCGCCGCCUUCUUCCACCUACAGAACCACCGCAAAAAGGAUCCACUUCAGAUCCACCAGUUUGCCCACCAGAUCCCACCCUGUCCUCUAUCAACUCAAAUACCACCUAAACCAGCUCAAAUCCCAGUGGGGACCCGAAACUGUAUCGGAAUCAAUCAACUCUAGUCGGAUCACCGACGCGUUGAUCCGUUUACGCAUCAUCCUGGAGUCUCUCGACGACCUUCUUGAUCUAGCUCCAUCAAGAGACUCCCUGCGUCGCCACCCUGAGUGGGUGGAGAAGGUUCUUGAAGACUUUCUAGUGAUGGUGGAUGUUUAUGGAACUUUUCAGAUGCAAAUCUCAACGUUGAAACAAUGUAAUGUUGCAGCCCAGCUUGCGACAAGGAGGAAAGACGGGUUGAAAAUGGUGGUUUGCUUGAAGGGUUUGAAGAAAUCCGGUCGAGAAAUCUUCAAGCUCAUGCCAUUUCUCCAAACGAUCCGUGAGCGCCCGGCCGAUUUAACUCAGUUGGAUCCGAACCCGGAUCUUGAACUCGUUGAAGUGAUAAAAGGUGUGAUGGAAAUGAUUGUUGUGAUUUCAGAAGCUGUUUUUGGUGGGAUAUCGGCUUCAUUGGAAACCCGAAAAGCUUCAUGGAUGAUGGGAUUGAAAAAAUCAAAGAGGGAAAAAGGGAUUAAAGAAAUUGAAAAUGGGAUUUGGAGUUUGAGAAAUUAUAAAGAUGAGAUUUUGAAUAAGAAAAUGAUGAAAGAAAUGGAAGAAUGCAUAGAAGGGAUCGAGAGUGGGAGUGAAAAGGUGUUUAGGAGCUUGAUAAACACUAGGGUUUCGCUACUCAACGUACUUACACAAUAGAAUACAGUGCAACAAGAAACUUGAAGAAUUUGAUCAUAUGUAUAUUCUGGUUUUUGAUUUAUUUUACUUUCAAAAUGGUUUAAAAGAUUCUUUUAUUUUAUUUGAAUAAAUGUUAAACAAAUUGAGUUUAAGAUAUAAAGAUUUGGCGGCUACCGUUUCAUUUGA